GCAGGUGGUUUGAAACACAGCCUCGGGUGUGGCGCGAGUUGUUUUAUUUCCUGGUGCGUCAGUGAUCCUUCACACUUUCACCUUCACUUCACAUCAGUUCUUCAUCGAGCUGCUCAGAGGAACCGGAGACGAGAACAGCUCAGAGCUCAGGACUGAAUCAUGGACUUCGACUUGGGUGCAGCUGUGGAUCAGGGCGAGGUGAAGAAGAGCGAGGCGAAGGAGGUCGAGGGAAUCUUCGGAUUCGGAAAGAAGAAGGAUGAAAAACACAAGAAGGACAAGGAACACAAGGACAAGGAACACAAGAAGGACAAGGAACACAAGAAGGACAAAGAACACAAGAAGCCCAAGGAGCAUAAGAAGGACAAAAAGGACAAGAAGCAUAAGGAGCAUAAGGGCCACAGCUCCUCAUCCUCCAGUGAUGAUGAUUAGGUGUGUGUUGUAGGAAUGCAGCUGCAGCGAAGAUGGAAUUUGUCUUUUUUACAUCUUUUUCUCUCUCCAUUUAUUCCCUCAUGAUAUAAAAUGUUAUCAUUAGAAUACUGUAAUGAAGAAGAACAAAUAAAUAAAUACUAGAAUAAUA